AUGGAUGGCAUAGUAGCGAAUGCUUCAACAACAAUAACUGCUUCUGCUACGGCCUCGGCCCGUGCAGGAGGCUCGUCAAGUGGUAGUCCAACACCGGAGAUUCGUCCUUCCGAGCCUAUAUCUGCAGAACAUGAUGCAGUUGAGGAUGAGACCCUGCGUAGGUGGUUCCCUGCCACCUGUCCAGAUUACAAAGCCCGCUGUGGCGAAGUCAAACAACUCGUGAAGGAGGAUCUGGAGGACCCACACAGACGAAAGCACUUGGAGUCUUUUAGACAGAGCAUGCUGGAAUGGGAGGCUUACGACCCCGCCGUAAGGAAUGAGAUGCGCGAGGAGACGGCGAAUGCUUUUCUCGCUGACUUGCUGAAUAUUAGGCCCACAACGAACAAGGAGUUUAACUCCGCAACUAAGUCACUCAGGAAGAAGUAUAAAGUUGCCCCCGCCAAGUCACAACUUGUGGCAGCGUACAAGCGAUUACUCGCUGCAGAGGCGAAUUCACACAGGAACCACGACUUCGCCCAGAUGGAGCCAUCUGGUGCGGAGUUACUGGAUAAUCAAAGCUGCUCAGAAGGGCUGCGGAAUCCGAUGCUGGAAAGCUUGAUGCGGCGGAAAGCAGUGCGCACAAAUAGUGGGGUUCUUGUUAUAACUGUUUUGACUGCUCCUGGCCGUUUUUCCUGUCCGCAAGACUGCCACUACUGUCCAAAUGAACCGGGACAGCCGCGCUCAUACCUUUCAACUGAACCGGCUGUCCUGCGAGCCAACCAAAACGGAUGGAGCCCCCUGAAGCAGUUCCAUGACAGGGCCAACACGCUAAAGCGGAAUGGCCAUGCCGUCGACAAGAUAGAGGUCCUCGUGCUGGGGGGCACAUGGAGCGGGUAUCCCCAUGACUACCAAGAAGAAUUUAUCCGAGACGUGUACUACGCUGCAAACGUCUUCGGACUGCCUCAGCCAAUCCGCGAACCCCUCGCUUUAGAGGAGGAACAAAACCUCAAUGAAACUGCAGGUUGUCGCAUAGUGGGUUUAACUCUGGGAUUGGUAGAUGCGCACGUGUCGCAGGUUGACGUGCAUCUCAUGCCAGAUCUUCCGUCAAGCAGUCCAGCUGCAGACCGCCAGAUGUUCUACUACAUCCUUUCCUCCCCCGAUCUCCAAGCCGAUCAGUGGAAAAUAUACCCCUGUGAAGUGACGCCUUUUUCAACGAUAGAGCAAUGGUAUAAGGAGGGCAAAUUCAUUCCUUAUGCAGACACUGAUGGGGAAGCCUUGUUGACCCUUAUUUGUUCGGUUAAGGCAGCGGUACAUCCGUGGGUGCGACUGAAUAGAGUGGUGCGGGAUAUCCCAAAUCAAUCCAUUAUCGGCGGCAACAACGUCACAAACCUCCGGCAGGAACUUUCUAGGGAGCUGGAGGGCAGGCACUUGCGCUGCAAGUGCAUCCGCUGUCGUGAAGUAAAGGAUGAGCAGUUUGAUUUGGGGGUAGCGGAGUUGUGCGUUCGCCGUUACGAAACAAACGGAGGAGUGGAGUUUUUUUUGUCGUUUGAAACGCCCGAUAGAAAAACAAUAUUUGGGUUUCUUCGGCUAAGACUUCGUGCACGGAGGGUUCCGCGGGACUGUCCCUUCAGCGUGUUGAACGGGGCAGCGCUGUUACGAGAGCUGCACGUCUACGGACGUCUAGUUCCCCACGGAGAAGCGAAGAGCAGCGAUGACUUACGACCACAACACGCGGGAUUCGGCAGGCGUUUGAUACAGGCCGCAGAAAUUGUUGCCAUGGCAAAUGGGUACAUGCGCAUGGCGGUCAUUGCCGGGAUUGGCACGAGGGAGUAUUACCGCGCAAGCGGCUACGAGUUGGAGGACUCGUACAUGGUUAAAAACUUGACCGUUGUGGGUCUACAUGCGGGACGGCCGGAUUUGCUUGCUGAUCAGCCGAAGCAGCUGCUCAUUGAGUACCAAGACUUGCAGCGAGCAGGUGCGCAGUUGCUGCUACCAUUGCCACCGAAGGCGUCUCUAAAGAAACGCAGGGAUAAGCAAGGGAACAAAGGAAGGGGCAAGGCAAAGGGAAAAGCAGGGGCGGAAGAGACGGGAGAAGAUGCAGCCACCGUAGUCAGCAGUGAGGAGACAAGAGAAAGAGCGAGAGCCUUCCUUACUGAAUAUACAACAAAUGUGGAGCCUAUUGACGUCCCCGCACUCCUGCAUAGAUUGAAGGAUAAGGAAAAUGCACAACUAGAUGCACCAGGAUCACCUGUCCCGUUUACCGACAAGGAUACAUUCGCUCAGUACUGCAACAUGUACGCCUCGUUACAGAAGACGCAAAGCCCGACUGCGAGCAACAGAUCUGCACUUUCUGCUCUCCGGCUUCGCCUGGCUACGUGGCGUUCUGGUGCUAACACAGAUGCUUGUAGAAUGAGCACCUUACUUGCCGCCGCCACGGUUGCAACAGUUGCCGGCGUGGCAACCGUGUUCCUGUGGAUUGCUGCUCGUAGACGGCAGUGA